GCGGAGCGCAGGAGAGGAGGCGGAGCCAUAGCCUUCGCCGCCGUCUCCGCCGCCGCCGCUGCGUAUCCCUGGCGCUCGCUCGGGCCGCCGGGGGCGGGGACUGGAGGACGCGGCUUCCUCGGCUCAGGAAGUCUCAGGGACCAGAGCCGAGCCAGCUGCUGGGUGCGGAGCCGAGGAGCAGGAAGCGGCGGCGGAGCCGGAGCGGGGCGGCAAGGCCACCAUGGAGACCCGCUACAACCUCAAGAGCCCAGCUGUCAAACGUUUAAUGAAAGAAGCAGCAGAAUUGAAAGAUCCUACAGAUCACUACCAUGCUCAGCCUUUAGAGGAUAACCUUUUUGAAUGGCACUUCACUGUUAGGGGCCCCCCAGAUUCUGAUUUUGAUGGAGGAGUUUAUCAUGGACGGAUAGUAUUGCCACCAGAAUAUCCCAUGAAACCACCAAGCAUUAUUCUAUUAACAGCUAAUGGAAGGUUUGAAGUAGGCAAGAAAAUUUGUUUGAGUAUCUCAGGACAUCACCCUGAAACUUGGCAACCUUCAUGGAGUAUCAGAACAGCAUUGUUAGCCAUCAUUGGAUUUAUGCCAACAAAAGGAGAAGGUGCCAUAGGGUCUCUAGAUUACUCACCUGAAGAAAGAAGAGCCCUUGCCAAAAAGUCACAAGAUUUCUGUUGUGAGGGAUGUGGCUCAGCAAUGAAGAUUGCCCUGUUACCUUUGUCAUCAGGAAGUAAUUCAAGUCAGGCUGAUCAAGAAGCCAAGGAACUUGCUAGACAAAUCAGUUUCAAGGCAGAAGUCAAUUCAUCUGGAAAGCCUAUCACUGUGCCAGAUUUAAAACACUCUUUCUCCAUAAGUGAUCCACAACAGGAAGGUAGAUCUUCAACAUUCCAGGAUACAACAGCCAGUACAUCGUAUGAUGCUCAGAACAUUGCUGCAACUUCCCUACAAGAGCCUCCCCAAACCAUUUCCAAGAAUACCUCCAUGAGCCCUCGACAGCGCCGGGCCCAGCAGCAAAGUCAAAGAAGAACAUCGUCGAGUUCAUCUGAUGUUCCGGUCCAGCAGCCAAGAGCCAACCCCAACACGGAUCAUAUUGGAUCAGCCGUACUUAUUGUCAUCCUGACUCUAGCAUUGGCAGCUCUCAUAUUCCGACGAAUCUAUCUGGCCAAUGAGUACAUAUUUGACUUUGAGUUAUAACAUUGCUUUUGUCUUAAGAGCUGUGACUCGAAUGCUUCAUUAAACAUUCUGCAGUGGGUAUGAUAUAAGAACUGUUUACAAAAAAAUUUUUUUUUGUAUUUGCCCCUCACCUCCCUUUUUGAUCCUUAUAAUUGUCAGUAUAUAUUUAGACAGAUUUUGAGGCUAAUUAUGUCGAUAGAGAGUAUAUAUUAGCAGUUAGCUUAAGGGACUGGAAGUCAUAAAUCCCACAUCCCACCACUGGCCUGCAUUAUGACUCUUGGAAAAUCAUUUGUAACUCUCUAUGCCUCAAUUUCUUUAUGUAUGAAUUUGUGAUAAUUUUUUGUAAAGUUCUUUGAAACUUUGGAUAAAAAGUGGUGUUUAAAUUCCAAGUGUUACUAGUAGCUCAAUGCCCAUUUGUAUUGAGUACUAGAUCUCUGCUUGAGUGGAAUAAUUGGGGAGCAGAGAAGAAUUGAAGAGACGGAAGCAAAGCCCUCUUGCUUCUGGGGUUCAGAUUCUAGUGUUUUGCUUAAAUGUCAUUCAUAGGAGGUGAAGUAAAAUUGGGCAUUUUAUGAAAUUUAUGUGCAUGUGAGAAACCAUGUUUUAGUAAAGGUGAAAAAUUGCUUCAGACAAAAGCACUUAAGGAGAAAACGUUACCAAAUUUGUGAAGAGAAUAUUGACUAAGAAAAGAGAAUGAUGCUUUGUGAACGUUUUCUUUUACUCACCAGAUAGUUUCAAAUCCCCACAAAUUUUUAGUUUUAGUGAAAGAAAGGGUCCAGGCAAGAAAAUAAUUUCUUUUUCCAUUGAAGUUACAUAAGUUGAUCUUAAGAUUUGAAUGUUGUCUCUGAUUAUUAUCAGUUGUAUAUCUUUUUAAAUUGAAGGUUAUAUAACAUGUUCUUAUAACACUUAUAAAUAAGGAAUCUAAUCAUUCACCCAGUGCUACUAUCUUUUAAUUAUUCCAAGAUAUGCAUAAUGUAUUGAAGAAAUGUUUUGCCCAUCUUUUAUGAAAAAGCAAGUAAUAGAAAAAAGUGAGAAAAAUGUGUAUUUAAGAUGAAAUCAAUGUGAUUUAAGCCCAAGACUUAACUUUAAUAUAAAAAACCAUUCAUUUACAGGAGUAUGUCAUGCCAGUUACCCAGGGUUAUUCCAAUGCCUUGUGGGAAAACAGAGCCAUGGAAAUAUUCUCUUUGUUCUUUAAUACAUGUAACUCAAUGGCAACAUUGCAGGCAAUCACUGGGGCAGUAUUAUUGAAAAGCUUUGAUUGUAUUUCUUUUCUUGUUGUUGUUGUUGUUGUUCUUUUUUUAAAAAUUUUUUGAGUCUGGGUCUCACUAUCUCACCCAGGCUAGAAGGGCAGUGGCUACUCAGGGCCCGAUUCCACUGCUGAUUGAUUAGUUUGGAGCUUUAACCUGCUUGUUUUUCCAUCUCCGCUCCCUGGGGGCUCACCAUAUUGGUGCCAGACUUAGUGCAAACACCUGGUAAGCUUUAGUCUUAAUUGUGGCUCAGAAUUCCCAGGUUCAAGCAAACCAACCAGCAGCCUCAGCUUCCCUAGCAGCAGAUACUACAGGUGUGCGCCAUGAUGCCUGGCUGAUUGUAUUUUUAAUACAGGCAGCUCCCAACUGAAGAAAGGGCUGUGUUCUUAAAAUUUAUUUGGAAAUUAUUUGUUUUAGAAUACAGAAUGCAUUUGCUCACCAGGAAAAAAUAUUAUGGUGUGUUUAGAUUCUGAGGCCAGCCCGAAAAAGACUUUAAAUCAGAAUGUAACUGAUACAAGGUCUUAAUCAAGUUUAUUAUGCAGUUUUAAACCUUUUAAACUUGUAACUUUUAAACUUUACUGACAUAGGUUGUAAUUAUGAAACAAUCUGUAAGUAGCAUUGAAAGGCAAGUUUAAUUUUGUUAUUAAAGUUGAUGCAUUUCUUCUUUUCAUCCACACAGUAGCUAGUUUUCAUUUGUCACAAGAUUUAAAAUGAGAACACAUUGUGUAAAUCUAUGUAAUGUAGUUUUCCUGAGCCUUAAUAAAUUUGCUUUGCAAUGAUAUUUACAGAUUGUGUCUAUCAUGUCUGCAGCCUAAAUUAUUAAGCUUCAGAGAGCACAAAGACUUUGUGAAGAAUCCUCCCCCAAUACUGUAUUGGUCUGAAAAUAGGCUGCAUCUUUCCUCUUAAAUCUGGUUUAAAUAUAACCCAACAUGGUUUGCAAUUAACAUUCGUUCUCCUAUUCAUUCUUUCUCUCUCUCUCUCUCUCUAUCUCCCUCCCCUCUUCUCUCUCUCUAUCUCCCUCCCCUCUUCUCUCUCUCUUCUCUCUUUCUUUCCUUCCUUCUUCCUCUUUCUGUAUUUUUCAUCUCCCCAUCUCAUUUUAAGAAUAUGGCCUAUAUUCAGAUCAAUAUUUCACCUAUGUUAAUGAUUGUGAAGGUGCCAUAACUUAUUGAAUUUUUGUAUCCCUAUUCCUUAGUCCAGUGCCUUCCACAUAGUAGGCACUUAAUAAAUUUUUGUUAAGUUGCAUUAAGAGUUUAGUAGGCCACCAAGCCUUUUUUUGUUACUGUUUCUUUGAGAAAAUGUGUUCUGAAUUUCAAUUCAUGAUGCUAAAACACUUCCCAUGUAGGGCCACUGUGGAGUGGCCUUUUUUAUCCAGUGAGAAGGGAAUUCACUUGUCUUCCCCUGCCUCAUUCACUCUCCUUUUCCCAACCACAAUACCCAGGAUGGUCACUGUUCACUUGAUGAAAAUAAAUACUUGCCCUUCUUUCCUCUGCCAGUUUCCUUAUCUUUGAUCCUUAAAUUCCUGGAGAGAGGGGUGCAUGAUAGCUUGGAGAAUUUGUCCUAUGAUCUAAAGAAAGUUUUUCUAACAAUCUAGCAUGAGACAGCCAGCCAUUUCCAUGUAUGAGAAUUUGUUGAAGUUGGUUGGAUGUUCUUGGCUGUCAAGCUGUGAUCAUUAUAGUAAAAGGUUUUUUGUUUUUGUUUUUUUCCAUUAUAGUUAUUAGUAAAAUGACCCAACUGUCCACUUUGUCACUCCUAUCUUUUCCCCUUUUCCAGCAGACACCUUUGAGCACAGCAAAAAUUACCCCACCCAACCCCAUGCUGCCUUUCUUCUCUCACAAGUUCUUAAGGACAGAUACUUGUCAUUCUGGCCUCUUUGGGGGAAAUUAGGGAACAAGUAAGACUGCAAGGAGUGGGAAAGGAUUCUCAUUUAAAUCUUUCCCCUAACAAUAUUCAAGAAAACAAACUUUUGCUUCCUUAUUGCAGAUUAGGGACUGCACAUGGAGAGUGACCUCGUAAAUCAACCUGUUAUGGUUCCUCCUUUUAGUUCCUUGUAUUUGUAGAUGUGUUAUUCACAGCUGCUUGUAGUCACAGAGCCUAAGUUUACAUCAAGCUGAUUAAAGUUAGCAACUUAAAAAAAAAAAAAAAAAAAAACUUAUUCAACGUCUGUUUCAUAUAGAAUUUUUGGGAAGAUGUAAUUAAUUAGCUUUUCUCAUUAUAUUGGGGGGGGGCUUUUAUUUAGCACUUUGUUUUCAAUGCUGCUUAUUUUUCUUUAUUAUACUAAAAAUAAAUACUCAGUGUUUCAUCAA